GUUUUUUUGUAGUGUUAGUAAUCUUUAUAUUUUAUAUUUGCUUAAUAAACAAAUUUAAAGCUAAAGGAUAUUUUGUUUCAUUUUAAUUUGUGAAGUGGAGGAUGAGUUGAUGGAUACUUGUGAAUUGAACUCAUUAAGGCUGAGUGUGGUGGGUGAGGUGCAGGGAAUAUGAUAGAUUUGAGUGGUUAUGGAUAGGCAAUCAAGCUCGUAAGUAGGUCAAAAAGCCUUUGUUUCAUGCCUUGAAGGUCAAUACACGCUGCGCGAUAUAGAUAGUGGCAAACAUAUUAGUACUUUUUCUCUACUUUUAAUUCUUACUACCUAAUCAUUGACUAUAAUUGGAAAGCAUUACCGGGCAACAAUAGUUCGGAAGUUACCAAAAUACUACAAAGUACUUUUUUCCAUAAGAAUUUAAAAGAAGAGGAAAUACAAGUAUACAACAAUAUAAAAUACUAGACAUCCUGCUUCAUUUUUAUCACUUCAUGUAUAUGCUAUGUUUUGCUGUUUCAAACCAUUCACAUUGUCUGUAUUUCAGGGGAAACUUAAAAAAAAAAAAGAGCAAAUGUUCCAUUUGAUAUGCUGUGAGUUCCCUAUGUUAGAUAUAUCAGCAAUAAAGGAGGACUAUGAUUCUGUGACAAUAGAGGAGUAUAAUUCUGUUCCAAAGCAAUGUGAAGUGAAGAAAAGCGAUGCAUAUUGUGCACAGACAACUGGUGCAUCUGUGGAUGUGAGAAUAGUGGAGUGUAAUUCUGUUCCAAAAGUAUGUGAAAUGAAGAAAAGCAAUGCAUAUUGUGUAGAGGCAACUGGUGCGUCUGUGGAUGUGGAUUCAAGCAUCAGUCUUGUAUAUGGAUACUGUCAAAAGCUUGGACACAAGUACGAAUAAUUCUUGCGGAGCACCUAUUUGUUCGCCGCCCUGGCGGAAGAAUGGAUUAGGGAGAAUGGCGGACGGUUCAGUAUGACUUGGUGAGGCGGUAGAGGGUUUCUGUGACCUUUGCAGUUUGGGAAGGUGGAAGAUGCUUCGAUCACAUAUGGGGAUUGGUAGGGAAAUGUAUAUUCUGUUUUCUAAGGGUUACUAAUUUAUGUCUGUUGUGGAUUUAGUUUUAGGCCGGUCAAAUUAUGUACUCCCUCCGGUUCUUUUUAAACUUCACACUUUCCUUUUUGGGACGGUCCAAAAUAAACUUCACACUUACUUCUUUCCUUAUUUGGCAAAGAAAUCUACAUCAAAACAGUGUUAAACAGUGCUAAACAGUGCCAAACAGUGUCUGAACAGUGCCAAACAGUGUCUCAACAGUACCAAACAGUAUCUCAACAGUGUACUCUACAGUAAAGUCAAAUUUAUUUCCUUAAUUAAUGUGAAGUCAAACUGUGAAGUUUAAAAAGAUCCGGAGGGAGUAAUUAUUUUUAGUAGGGUUUCUUUGUGUCUGUCUAUACUUUUCAUUGAUCUACUGCGGAAGAUGAGACAAGAAGAUGGCAAGAAGAAAGCUUUUGAAUCACUCAUUUGGGAUUGCAUGCCGAAGGAUAAGAAGGGGAGAGGACCACCAAGGAUUUUGGAUUCCACCCACAACAUUGAAGAAGCUAUUAGGAGCUAUUUGAUGAUAGUCAUGUGGUUGAAAUUGACAAGUCUAUAACGUGGUGUUUUAGAUAUGAUUUGAGAGCAUAUUCCAGUUUGUAAUCUCAGAUUACGAGUGCAAGUGGUGUAACUUGAUUGAGAAUUCGAAAUUUAUUAAUUAUCUGUUCAUGAAGGUUUUGCUUAAUCAAGUUGUCUCCGGUCCUUGUGAUU